CUAAAUGGUGUCCAGAGGGUGACAAAGAAAGCGUCUGUUCUCUCUCGGGCUUUUUUUUUUUUUUUGGUUUUGCUUUAUUGUGCAAUGAAACAAAAAUGGUAGCGUAUGCAAACAGCGGCAGUCCGUUGCGAACAGGUGGAGUCCUCCUGCUUGCCCGGCUUACUUGUGGUGUAAAAGAAGGUAAAGCUUGAAGGUCGUGGACUGUGGAGCUCAAGAAAUAAAAUGGUUUGCCUGGAGAUUUCGGGGGAAAAUGUUUGCUUCUGACCGGCAGAACGGAGGCCCUAGCAGUGGUCAGUGAAGAUCAGGCUAUAUUUGAGCCCCCGUAUGGACCCCCUCCUCUGCUGAAGGUGGAGAUGACAUCGCCAGGCAACUUCUCUCAGUCUGCCAAAGAGAGCCCUGAAGCCGUCGAGCAGGACUGGAUCAGUCAGAGCAGCAGGGUGGCUGUGAAGAGGGAGGCCGAGCACAUCAAUGGCUCCAGGGAGUCACCAGUGGACUGCAGUGUCACCAAAAGGAACAGAAUUGUGAACAACUCAGAGGCCGGUCAAAUGGGCUACCACACUACCUACCAGGAGCAGAGAGGCAGUCCUCCCACAAAUCCCCCCAGCAAUACCACAGAAGAGAAGAGAGUCAUCGUACCUGCAGAUCCCAGCGUAUGGACUCAUGACCACGUCCGGCAGUGGGUGGAGUGGGCCAUCAAGGAGUACGGACUUGUGGAUGUGGACGUGUCUCUGUUUCAGAAUAUUGACGGCAAGGAGCUGUGCAAAAUGACAAAGGAGGACUUGUCCUUGCUGACCACGGUGUACAACACGGACAUCCUGCUCUCGCAUCUCAGUUACCUCAGACAAAGCAGCCCCACUUUCUCUUACACGGCUCCUCCGGUCCUCACACAACAACCGCAACGGCUACAGGUGAAGACGGAAGCAAAUUAUGAGGAUAUCAGAAGGACCAGCACAUGGGGGAACCCAGUGAACAACGUCCCGAAAGGGUCACCGCCGCAAAUCCAGCCAGCCAGCCGAGUGUCAGAACAGGCGCCAAGGACAGUGCCAGAUCCAUACCAGGUGCUUGGUCCAACCAGCAGUCGCUUAGCCAACCCAGGGUCUGGCCAGAUCCAGCUAUGGCAGUUCCUUCUGGAGCUUCUGUCUGACAGUAGCAAUUCAAGCUGCAUCACGUGGGAAGGCACAAACGGCGAGUUCAAGAUGACCGAUCCAGAUGAGGUGGCAAGACGAUGGGGCGAGAGGAAGAGCAAACCCAAUAUGAACUAUGACAAGCUGAGCCGGGCCUUGCGCUAUUACUACGACAAGAACAUCAUGACCAAGGUUCACGGCAAGCGCUACGCCUACAAGUUUGACUUUAAUGGCAUCUCCCAGGCGCAUCAAAGCCACUCCAGUGACACGGCUGUCUACAAGUACCAGCCCGAUAUGCAGUAUGCCCCUCCAUACCACGGCCAAAAAAUGAACUUUGUCUCUUCCCACUCCACCUCUGUGCCUGUGGCCACCGGAAAUUACUUUGGAACCCCCUCUACAUACUGGAACUCAACCACAAGCACCAUCUACAGCAGUCCUGCCGUUCCUAGACACCCAACCACUCAUGUGUCUUCCCACAUCAACCCAUUCUACUAAAAAAAUAAAGACACUCUUGACUGCUCUGGAACAGGUCACGUGAGUUUGUGGCCCACAAAGUGAAAAGAUUCCUUGAAAACGCGGGCAGAGUUUCCUUCAAGCACGUACUGUAUAACAAGAGUUUGCUGAGUUCUGAUCACUGUGAGAGGGGGACAUGUUUAACAGCUUUGAGGUUUUUUAAUCGGGAAAAAAACCCUUGGCCUCUGAACAGUACACACGGUGGCAAAUGGAUGGACCUGUCUUACCUGAUACUGCACGAUGGAUGGACACAUUGAACGGAAUGCAUCUUAGGAUUAAAUGACUAGCAGACAAGUUCCCAGACGAGUAUUAGUACAGAGACUUAAAGAUGAGCCCAAAAAUAUCGAACACAUUUCAUUUCACACCAGGGUGAAAUCAAUAUACAAUAUACGAAUAACCAACGAUAGGAGCGAGCUUGUUUACCGGGCUUUGAUACCCCACUAGAAAGGCACAACCCUGUGGCUUCAAUGUCCUCCUCACCACCUCCAAUCAUAUCGUGGUCAAUUUCAAAAAUUACCAAGGUGCUUUUAUUCGAAAAAUGUUUUUUUUUUCCUAAACUUUCAUCAAUACUGCAGUGCUCUAGGCAUCCUGGACGGCGAGUUCUUGUAUAGUUUAUCAUUCCGAAAACACCGGAAACCGAAUUGUAACAAUGUUUGGGAAUUCCAUCCAGAACCCACUUUUCAUGGCCAGGCAGGUAACCGAAGUACUGAAAAUGAGGAACGUUCAGUCCGGACUGAUACCACGUAUGGGAAUCUUAAACCCUAGAGAUCGGGAGAAGCAGACUUCCGGGCAGGUGGGAGGUGGGCUCACAGGAAUUCCUCCAGAUCUUCUUGGUUUACAAUGAAGAGGAUCAACAGCCAGUCCAUGGUGUAACAUCCGUUUGCUUCCCUGGUGUCCCCUAAGAUUUGAGACACAUCCACGACUGUAACACCAUAUAAAGCCUGAAUUUAUUCUUCCAGUACAGAAUACUUCAGUAUGGCUGAAUUAAAGAAUCGUUUCUUUAAAAAAAUUAAUUCUCAUUACACACUUAGUUGCUGCUAGAUAAGACGAAAAUACAUGACAGGGCCAAAAAUAGAUCAAUGGGAUGGCUGACAUAACUGUACUGUAUCUCUUCUCAUCCUGUAGCAUUACAUUGGGGCACUCGUGUGUGAUUAUGGUAAGGUUGUCAUUCCAACAAUUGCUGUUGAAAAUCGAUCUAGUGAUGGGCGACUCCCAAACGAUUUGUUCUUUUUUAAUGACUCUUUUCAGUGAAUCAUAAGAACUGGUUCACGAACACAAAUUAAUCGAUUCAGUGGAGCUCAACAGGAGUGCUAAAGCGUGUGCAUGCCCUGCGUGAUGUUGUCAGCAUCUUUCAUUUCGCUAGUAGAUGUGCAAAGCACAUGUGCAUGUACCACCUGAACCAGGAGUCUUGACUCACUUGAUUCAUGAUUAAGUCACUCCCCGUGAAUUGGUCUAACAAUUCUCAUUCAUUUGAUUUGUAAACAUGUAACUCCAUGAUAAUCAGUCUAGUGAAUCUCAAUCAUUUGACUCGUUAACAAAUACCUACUCGAGAAACAGUCUAAUGAUUCUCGUUCAUUUGGUUCGUUAACAAAUACCUACUUGAAAAUCAGCCUAAUGAUUCUCGUUCAUUCGAUUUAUGAGCGAGUCACUAGUCAAGAAUCAAUCUAAUGAUGCUCUUCCAUUUGGUUUGGGAACAAAUUGCUACCCAAGAACCAGUCUAACGAUUCUCAUUCAUUCGAUUUGUGAAUGAGUCACUGUUUGAGAAUCAUUCUAACAAUUCUUGCUCAUUGGUUCGUAAAUGA